AGACCCGGUCAGUGUGAUAAAAAUGGGCCAGCCGACGACGUUGACGCAUCAGUGUUGCUGGUUGGCGACGCUCUUAUUUGUGAUUUACACGGCCAGCGGCCGGUCGGGAAUUGCGGUCGAGGCGAGUAAAGUCGCUCUCAAUAAAAAUGGCUACGACGACUUGGUGGUGGCCAUCAGCACGGAAGCGCCCGUCGCUCAAGCGGAAACGAUCAUUGAUAACAUCAAGAAAAUGAUACUGGCAGCCUCGCCGGUGCUCUACAUGGCGACCGAAAAUAGAGCUUACUUCCAAAGCGUUCGCAUUCUCGUUCCACCGACAUGGACCAACAUUAAGGCCGAAUUGAGCACUUGGGAAACGUUCGAUACGGCUGACGUCAUCGUGGACACGCCCAAUCCCAUGCACAAAGAUGUGCCCUACACUCAACAGAACGGCAAGUGCGGCGAAAAAGGACAAAAAAUUCACCUGACUCCGGACUAUGUGGCCACCUUAUUUGAACAGCAGAAAGUCCUCCAAUACGGAAAACCAGGCAAAGUCUUCGUUCACGAAUGGGCCCAUUAUCGUUACGGCAUUUUCGACGAGUACGGAACGCCCGGAGGAGAAUAUCCGCUCUUCCGCCAGCAAUCAACGUCUUCCUCCAUCGAGCCCAACAUCUGCGCCAACAAGCCCAUGACCUUAAAGGACUUUUCAGUUUGGGAUAUGACCAACAAUGGGGCCUGUAAGAGAGAUCCGGCCACGAAUAGCUACGAUCAAAACUGUCGAUUCAAAUUCGAAUCGCAAUUCAUACCGACUACUUCUCUGGCUUCCUACCAUCAGCUCGAUUCAGUGGUUCAUUUCUGCAAAGGAUCCGAGCACAACGUAGCAGCUCAAAACAAGCACAACGACAUGUGCCAAAGGAGAGACACCUGGUCGGUGAUCAUGGAGAGUGACGACUUCAAGAACGGCAACGGUGUACCGAAGGAUUUCGACAAAUUUGACACGGAUUUUAAAAUCGUCAAACCGACUGGCACGCGAUUUGUUGUCGUCAUGGACAUUUCCGGCAGCAUGAAAGAAUUCGACCGCAUUGGCAAACUGAGCGAGUCCGUCCGCUCCUGGAUCAAAACUGAUUUGCGCAGCGGAAGUCAAUUGGGAAUGGUCCAGUUCAGUGCGGCGGCCGAUAUUCUAAGUGAACUGACAAUGAUUUCAGACGAGAAAUCACGAGAAGAAAUGAUUGCCAAGUUACCAAAGCAAUUGCAAGCGGCCACUUGCAUCGGGUGCGGACUGGAACUCGCCGUCCAGAUGUUAAAUAAGAAUAAGGGAACUUCUGAAACGGGUGGGGUCAUCGUCUUGGUCACAGACGGCAAAAAUUCGCCCGGCUAUCUCCACAUUUCCGACGUGCAGGAGGACAUCUUGAAAGACAAGAUCCGCGUCAUCACCAUCGCCUUCGGCGAAAAAGCCGACAAGAAUCUGGAGGAUCUAGCUCGCAAGACGGAGGGUAAAAGCUACUUUGUUAAGGACGAGGAUGGCGGAGCAGCCCUUCAAGAGGCUUUCCUGGGCGCGUCCACCUUCCAGUCGAGCGUCCACAACGAAGACUUGAUAUUCAAAUUGUUCGAAAAAGAUUUGACGGCCGGUGGUGGCCAAACAGAUUUGACGGAUGAUUUCGAUGUCGACGAGACAGUCGGACGAAAUUUGAAAUUGAGCGUAUUCAACUUGGAUAAUAAAAAGAGUGUCAAAUCUAUCGAGCUGACAGGACCUGAUGGCGACGUCGUGAACAAUAUCGUUUUCGACACGACCACCGCUAUACUCACUGUCGACUUGGCGAAGAUCGGUCAGUGGUCCCUGAAAGUGAGCUUGAAAAGUUCCCAGUCUAAACCGGUUCUAGUCACCGUGACAACUCAGUUGCGUCCAGAUGUUAAAGUUCCCAUUACAACUAAAUGCCUUCUUCCCAGUGGACCUGAUAUCAAGAACGCCGCCAACAAAAAGAUUCUAAUCCGGGCCGAAGUGUGGAAAGGAUCCCAUCAAGUCACUGGAUCUUCAGUCAGAGCUUAUGUGGUGAAACCCAACGGCGACACGGCGAUCUUGGAAUUGCUGGACAACGGCACCGGUGCGGAUGGCACGAAAGACGAUGGCGUUUAUUCCAAGUAUUUCGCCUAUCCCAAUCAACAGGGACGGUACACGGUCAAGUGUCAGGUGAACAGCAAUCACAAGUCAUUCGAGAAUCUGGGCUUUAUCGGCUCGGCCAGUCCUCAACUCUUCGAUCCUCAAAUUGAUGAGACGAUCAUCGGAGAAGUCGAAAGAAUUCCAAUGGCAGAUUUUACCCGAAUCGCUUCUGCUGGCUCGUUUCAGGUGGAGAUUCCAGUCUCUAGUGAUGACUCCUACCCACCAGCUGAAGUUACGGAUCUGUCGAUUAUGGUCGUCAACGACACCGCCACAAAUAUUUCAAUCGCAUUGAAAUGGACCGCCCCCGGGGAUGAUCUUGAUGUCGGCACAGCUUCCUAUUACGAACUCAAGUAUUCGGAUGUCGUCGCUGAUGUAAUGAAUUCCAACUUUGACGACGAAUCCCCUAAGCGGAAGAGUCGAUCCAUCAUCACGGAAGAGGAUCUCGUCGCCGGUUCGCUCCAGCCGAGCGAGGCCGGCGUCCAGCAAACGGCCACAUUUCAGCUGACGGACGUCCAGCGGGAGAGACCCUAUUACUUGUCUCUGCGGGCCGUGGACAAGGCGGACAAAGUCGGCCAAGUAUCCAACUUGGUCGUUUUCUUCAUCCCGGACAGAACGUUGGUAGUUUUAACGAGGAAUACCGAAGACGACGAUUCGGGAGACGGGAUGACUGAUCAAGAAAUUCAAAUUCACGUCAGUACCAAAGAGGCGGGCUUUCACGUCACUUCUCUAUUGGUUGCCGCCUUCGGACUCAUUCUGAUAGCUUGCUUGGGCGUCACUUUGCUGAUGGCCGUCGUCAAGUACACGCAGUCGUAUCGCUCUUACAAAGGCGUUCCGGUCUAGUAAAGUUGCGAAUUUUAACGUACAGCAUAUAGAACCCGAAGUGGGAGUAACUUUUUGGCGACUCGCAUGAAAUCGGCUUGUCACUUUUUUAUUAGCCAAUCCAAUUGUAAGCCUAUAACUGUAACUAAUAACAAUCGAGUCUGCUAUUUGUGUGUUAUCUAUUUUCCUGCGGUUUCUCUGCUUGUGACGUCCACACACAAAUGCAUAAUUUUCUUAAGCUCUGUAGUUCUGCCCACAACAUUUUUAAUCAAUACAAAUCUAAUUUCUAAAUUGAAA